AUGUCCACUGCAAAUAAAAGGCGGCGACGCAAACCGUCACUUCGAUCUACUUCAGCAGACAGUACGGUACAAGCAAGUCAUUAUACUGAACUUUUAAGAAAAAGACUACGUCAAGCUAAACUACUUGUCGAUGAUGAUGAGCCGGUAGUAGCGAUGCAAACUCGACACGUGAACAAUCGUCAACACGCUAUGCCGUUCCGCCAAGAAUAUAUCGAACGGUUGGUGCACGAAUUUCGAGAACUUGAUCGAAAAGUAGCUGCACACCAACGCAAGGAACGCGAAGAGAAUGAUAUGAAACAUGCGCAUGAUCUUCAACGAUUAGAAAAUACAUUAGCAAGAAAACAACGCGAAAUGGAACUGUAUAACAAUCGGGAUUUAACUCGAGAGUUACUUGCAGAACAUUUACAGAAUUCAACACCACAAGCGCAACUUCGAAGGAUUCAACAACUCGAAGAAGAUUAUAAACGACUUAAACAACAAUACAACCAAUUGAUUACAAGGAUUGGGCAAAAUGCGGCAGUUACCGAUAACAAUAAGCGUGAACUCGACGGUGAAAUCAAACAGAUUAUCGACCGAUUAGAACAAUAUUUAACUAAAUUUAAUAAUUAUCAAAACAUAGCAAACACUACCAAUGAUGAAUUUGAAGCAAGGCUCAGACAGUUCGAAGAAAAACAGGAGCUUCUUAACAGACAACAGGAACAACAAACAGCGUCGAUUACUCAUCUUUCUCAACAAUAUGACACACUAACAAACUUAUACCACGAACUUGAACAGAUGUUCAAUGCAGAUCAUUCUAAUUCUGCACAACAACUGGGAGACGUUCUCACGAAAAUCAGUGAUAUUCAAACUGUCGUCAAUCAAAUGGGAGAAGGACUCAAUUGGUCGCUGAGUGAAAUACCAGUACUUGGACAAGAACUUCAACGAAUUCAGGGUAUCGUCAGUCAAUUAGAGAGUCCAGAACGCUUACACGCACGUCUGAACGAGCUGGAAAUACAAACCAGUAAUCAUGCUAAUUUAUUCCGACAAUUCGACGACGCACUCCAACAAUUAGGCCGACAAAUUAAUGAUAUGGGAUUAUCACAUGGUCUUGCAGAUAUUGAGCAACACCUUCAGUUAAUCGAUCGCGAUCUGGAGCAGAAAACACGUCAAAUUGGAGAGGCAAAUUCAAUAGCCAUUGAUGCUCAACAACAACUCCGACAAUUAAAUCAAUCGUUAGCAAACAUCAACGAAAGGUUAGCUGAUUUGGAGAGGAACAGUUCGAAUCCUUCACUGAUGCACAAUAACUUGCAAGCACAGGCGAAUGUUCCAGAUGCAGAUCUCAUGGCGCAACAAGAGCAGUUAAGAAAUCUUCAAGCAAAAGCGGAUGAACUCAAACAAAUGCUCGAUGCAUUAAAUAAUUCAUUAAUUGGACAGAAUCAAACCGCUGAAUCAUUAACAAAAUUGUUAGAGGAUACAAAUAGAGAAAUGGACAGAUUGACUGCUAAUGUAUCGAGAUUAGAACAACAGAUUAAUGAAGCAAAUGGAAAACUCGAAAGAUUGAAGGAACAAAUUCCAGUUUUACCUGAAAAUCAACCAACACCAACUAGAAGUAAUCUGUUAACCGUCUCAAAUUCACCGAAAUAUACGUCCUACUUUGAAUCCUUAAUACCGAUAGAUCUACUGAAAAAUAUUUGGAAAUAA